AUGCCGCAAUCCGGUCGCAAGGGUAAAACCCGUGCGCGCAGGGUACCGGCAGCAGCAGAGCCACACGAGCCAUCAGACGCAGAAACACCCGAGGCCAUCGCCACGCCUUCGCGCGCCUCUAGAAAGCGUGCACGAGAAAGCGAGGCUGCCGCACCUCCAGCUCGCAGUACGAGAAGACGCAAGACGAGGGACACGAGAGCACACGAGCGAGAGGACACGGAAGGCACGGAGGCACAAGAGCAGAGUGACGACGAGACCGAGCCUGCCCUGCCUAAUGAGCAGGACAUUAUUCAGAAUUUGAGGAUCGCGGAGAGGAAAGUUAAUGCUACGGAAGACUUCUCCAACAAUCUUCUGCUGGGCCAGGAGAACGUACCAGGUUAUGGAAAGAUCGCCGGCCGUGAUUGGACCUUCAUCAUCCGGAAGGUGGAGGUAAAUAUUGGUCGUCCAGAGGCACAGGAGAAGCUCGAAUCCAGUGCGAGCAAGGAGCCUGCAAAGCCCACGGCCAAGACCAUCAUCGACAUCGACCUCGGUCCUGAUCGCCAGAUCUCGAGGCUGCAUGCUAUUAUCGGCUAUGACUCUGACGCUUAUCAGUGGUUCGUCAUUGUCAAUGGCCGUAAUGGCGUACGCGUUGACAACAAUGUACUCAAGCGAGGACACAAAUCGUACUUGCGCAACGGCAGCGUCAUUGAGAUUGCUAACACGCAGAUGGCGUUCAUUACUACUCCUGCUGAAAACGGCGAUGGUCCAGUUUGGGACGCUUCAAUAAUUAAGCAAGCUCAGAAGUCGUCCGAGGAUGACGACGAGGGCGACGAUGAUAUGAAGGCUCCCAACGGUCGUAGCCAUGCGUUAGGUGGUCGUGCGACACUCUCACAGCCUGGCUUUAUUUCAUCCGCUAGUCUUGGUGAGCAGCAACAACAGCAGCGCACUCACCCUCAUUCUCAGCGAGCUAUGCAAGGUAGUCCUGGUACUCCCCAUCGGCCGCAACAGAGCGUCAUCCGAUCUUCGCCCGCUGCUAACUAUGCUCGCGGGGUGAUGAUGGAGUCUACUGAGAGCAUUGACUAUUCGGCCGACACUGCAAAGGACUUGAAGCCCCCACACUCUUAUGCUCAGCUCAUCGGUAUGGCCAUCUUGAGCACACACGAGCAGCAAAUGACUCUCAACAACAUCUACAAGUGGAUCAUGGCCAACUACGCCUUCUAUCGCUUCAACACCGGCGGCUGGCAGAACAGCAUCCGCCACAACCUCAGCUUAAAUAAAGCUUUCACGAAGAUUGCACGCCGUACAGACGAGCCGGGAAAGGGCAUGAAGUGGAUGAUCGAGCCGACAGAGUUCGACACUUUCGUGCAACAAGGGAUGAAAGGCUGUCGCCGUCCUGCACCACUUCCAGCCACGCAAAGCACACUCGAUUCACCAAUCAGUCCAAUGCACGCCAAUCGCUUUGGACAUAGCGGUCAUGCUGACGAAGACAUCACUCCUCCCCUUCACCCGUACCACCCGAUGUAUCUUACAGCCAACGAAGCAUACACACCUGAUCGCGGCUCCAAGCAGAGUCUCGAAGGCCGCAUUGGGCUGGGCAUCAACAGCGAAACGGUGGACUACGAUGCUCUUGCUCGCUCCACUCCACGCAAUGGUCUCACCUUCGCCGCCAACGCCGCUGGCUCGCCACCAGCAUUAUACAUCAACGACGAAACUCGCACAGGUUUUCCUGACACUCCCUUCCCGCUUCGCCCAAGCCAACGUCUUGCUCCUCCUAGCACGCUCAAACGUCCUAGCGACUUCAUCCAGUUCAGUUCUCCUGCUCCAUUCUGGAAGAUGGAAGGUCUGGCCGGGAUUGGAUCUACGCCGUGGAAACCCUACGAUCUGAGUCCGCUGAAGACGCCCUUUUCUCAGCUCAAGAAGACCGAGACGGAAGGGGAGGAUGUCAAAGAAGGCGAUACGGAAGUCGCGUCUGCCGAAGAUGAGAAAGACGAGGAGGGUGAUGGCGAAGUAGGUGGCAAAGGCAGUCCCGUCGUCCCUUCGAGCUCCCCACCUCGACCGCAGAGUUCCAGCGUACCCCCUCUGGAAGCCAGCCCAACAUUAUCCCGGCCCGCGACCGCUGUGGCCAAGACACUGAGUCAGAUGGCUAGUGGUAUCGAUCCGGUGCCUGCUCAGGACGACUCCGCCACCUCAGACUCCAUCCGUCUCUCACGCCCAGCUUCGCAACACUCCGGCCCCUCCGGCGCAGCACCCUCGCUCAUCUCAAAUGGAGCUGGAAGCAGUAUUUCCCCUGCUCUGCCGACGCCUUCACUUCAGCCUGCUGCUCAGCUGCUGCAGGGUCCGAAUGUGGUGGUUGAGCCGCAGAUGAAUGGUUAUCAUACUUCGGCUCCUCACCCAUCGCAGCAACAGCCGCUGCCUUCUUCCCAGCAUUCUUAUUCACAUACACAUACCCAUACCCACGCCCAUGAUCAUCAUCCUGCUCAUUCCGGUAUGCCGGCGGUUAAUGGUUUCCACGUCGUGGAUGAUGGGGAGGACGAGGGGAUUGAUUUGGCCAAGGGUUUCCAACCCAUCGGCACUUUCCACCAGCGUAAUCAUAUGGCUGUUGGGAUGGGUGCGUCGGCGGGGUAUGGGCGUUAG